AUGGGCAAGAAGGUGGGCAAGAAGAAGGUGGCAGUCAAGACUGGCAGCAGCGCGCCAAAAGCGGCACAAGAGAAAGAAGAGCGCGUGGAUCUACUCAACGAUCUGGGUGAUGCCACGCCGGAUUUCAAGCGCGUACUGAUCGAGUUGUUCGGCCGAUUCGAUGUCGAUGCUGACAAGCUUCUGAAUAAGGCCGAGCUCUUGGCUUUCAGUCGAACCGCCAACCCCACUGGUCGCGAGUUCACGACGACCGAGCUCGAGGAGAUGUGUGAGCACUUUGACUGGAAAGGUCAGGGGCCAAACAGCGGCGGGCUCACGUUGCGCGGCUGGCUACAGAUGUAUGUGACGCAGACUGGUGGCGACGAGGAGGAAACGUGGAGAGACCUUCACCAGCUCGGCUAUGAUGGUCAGCUGCAGAAGCUGUCCGAAAAGAAAAAACGCACAAAGUGCGAGGCGCUGCAGUUAAAACUGGAGGCGCUGGUAGCCCUCGGCGAGGCCGCCGACGUCGAGGGCUUCGUGUCGAGCUUCGUCCCCGUGGACCUGGCGGAGGACGAGAGGACAGAGUUCGCGGAGAGACUGCGGAAGGACGACAACGCCGAGCUGAAGAGCAUC